GACCAAACAUACAAUGGACCUUCCCUGAUGUGUGCAUGUGAUAUAAACACAUGCACUGACAAGUCACUGGACUUAGGCACCUGCUGAAAACAGUGAAAGAGGCAUCAAAAUGAUUUCCAGGAUUAUUUUCUCUGUUUUUCUCUUCCUGGCACUAUCAGGAACUGGAACAAUAAGUCAUAUCAGCAAGAGUCACCAAAGAGACAAUCCUCUGCUCAAUUAUGUGGUGAAUAACUCUUUAAGGGAGCAUCCAGUGCUGACUAAACUGCACUUGAGAACAAUGGAAGAUCCUGAGAACAUAAUGAUGGUGGCUCCAGAACAAGCUCAGUUCAUGGCUAAUCUAAUAAAACUGAUUAAGGGCAACAAAACCAUUGAAGUAGGCAUGUAUACUGGAUACAACACCUUGAGUAUGGCUUUGACCAUUCCUGAGGAUGGCCAAGUGGUGGCCUGUGAAAUCGAUGAUGAUUAUGUGCAAAUAGCCAAGCCAUUCUUUAAAGAGGCUGGAGUAGAAAAGAAAAUUGACAUCCGCCAACAAACAGCACUUAAAACCUUGGAUCAACUCCUUGAGGCUGGUGAAGCUGAAACCUACGACUUUGUAUUCAUUGAUGCUGACAAGAAAAACUAUGAAAAUUACUAUGAAAAAUCCCUCCAGCUUAUUCGUAAAGGUGGCAUAAUAGCUAUUGAUAACGUCCUUUGGGGAGGAAAAGUCAUAAACCCUGACAAGGAUGACAUCACCUCCCAGACCAUUGACCAGCUGAAUAAGAAACUCCACAAAGACCAGCGAGUGGAUCUGAGCAUGCUCACUGUGGGUGAUGGCCUAACACUGGCUAUUAAAUUAUAAACAUUUCCUGAAAAUAGUGCCCCAUGAUAGACCUUGUAUAAUUGUUAUUGAUAAUUAAUUAUAACUUAAUCAUAUAUUAUGUGGCUGUUUAUUAAAGACAUAGACAUCAAUCAGCAGCUCACUGAUCUCUUUUACUUACUGUCUUGAGAAAUGUUGAAUAAAUUGAAAAAUUCAGA